CUAUCAAAAAUCACUGAUUAUAUAUACCUCAGUGACCAUUCAAUUGCAUCAAAUACAGAACUAUUAGAGAGAACCGGCAUCACACAUUCAAUAAACUGUGCAGUCGAACACCACGAUAUUCAACACAAUAAAAAUAUAAAAACAUUAAAACUAAACCUUGUAGAUAAUCCAAAUCAACCAAUAGAAAACAUAUUUGACUAUGUUAUAGAAUUUAUAGAUAAUGCAAGAAAAGAGAAUGGCUCCGAUACUAAAGUACUUGUUUUUUGUCAUAAGGGCAUUAGUAGAAGCGCAUCACUCGUCAUAUUAUAUAUUAUGCAUAUUUAUAACUGUCCCCUUAACAAGGCCUAUUCUUUUGUUCAAAACGUACGUCCAAUAGUUAGUCCAAAUUUUGGCUUUUACCAAUCACUAAAGCAAUAU